CAAGCUUGGCUGCAUUCUAGCAAAACUGAUUAUCCUAUUGGACAAAUCGAAUGCGUUCCGAAAUUCAUCGAGUUUCGGUGAAUUUCAGAAAUUCUCUUUUCUCAUCGAGAGUGUGCCAACUGCCAAUCUAUUUUGUGAUAAUUUAUGACGCCCAUAAUGGCGCGUAUCGGCGUAUCAGUUUGUAAAUAUUUCCCCAUUACGCGAUUGGAAUGGAUUUAGAUACAGCUUACAUUGAACCAUUGAUUCACGAUUGGGUGGAGCAUCUCCAGCAAAUUGUGAAAAAACAGGAGCAGGAGCAGAUGGCCAACGCAACCGAUUUUGCUAUGCCGUUUGUAGGAAUUCCAGUAUCUACUGUGAAAGCUGCCUUCAAGAUAGCGGAAUACUUGGAGCUAGAGCCGACUGUCAAGUAUAUGGCCAUUCAACUGUACGACAGGUUUAUGUGUAAACACUUUUGGGAAAUUUACAAGACUGAGAUUGUGAAUACGUCGUCCGAGGGAUCGUGGUUGAAAGUUUGCAACAAGAGCUCUAAUCAAACCAAGUUAAAUUUAAUGUCGUGCUUUCAGUUGGCAUGCAAAAUGGAUUCUCAUUCCAGUGUUUUAGGAAUAUCGCAAAUUCUCAAUAUUCUACAUCUGAUUGACAAAGAGUCUGAAUAUACGCCGAGUAUGAUUUCCUCUUCGGAACGUAGAGUUAUCAAAACGGUAGACUUUAAAAUGCCCCUUUACACUCCACUGCAAUGCAUCGAGAUUCUUCUGGCGGCGACAGGUCUCGGGGAAACGCCAGAUAUGGUUAACGUUUCGAUAGAUUUGUUGGAUUUGGCUUACCUAAAGCACGACAGAUUAUAUUCGCACCUUCAUUUAUAUUACACGCACAAAGAUGUUUUAAACGAGGAACGUGUAGCCAUAAAACUAAUAUCGUUGAAAUCGAAUAUACUUUUCUUAAGCGCAGCAGUAGUAUAUUGCGCAACGUUCUUUUUGUGCUUGGAUACAAAUGCCUCGGAAGAGCAAGUUGUCGUUACAAAAUUGGCAGAAUUAUCCAAUACAACGGAUACUGAUAUUUUCAACAUGGCCAAUAUGUUGCUCUUAAUAGCAACGCAACGCUAACGUAAUAUAAUGUGUAUCGUAGCAAAAUAAUUUUCUACCACAUGUUAUUCAUAGAGAGUAUUUUGAAUUCUUCGCAUUUGUUGGCUCUGAUUAAUUUGGGAUAUAUGUUUGAGGCACAGGAUAUAAUUUAUUAGUAAAAUACCGAGCUAAUAGAUUAUAAUAACGUUAUAAUAAAAUCUAUAAUUUAUAAAAAUACUCUUUUAAGCUUUAAAUAUUUGAGGUGCACAUUAAGGGGUUACAUAUAUAUUUGAUGAAGUCGUAAAACUAGAACGGCGUUUGCGGUACCAGAGAUACCCUCCUAUCAUGUUAAACAAAAAACAAAAAUUUUCCGUUAAACUAGGUGAAGAAAUUUAGUUAUCAUAGCCAAUUUCGAAAAAUGGCAGCGAUUCGUAGCACAAAAUGCGAGUUUUGACUACAAAAAUCGAUUUUCUUUUAUUUAUAAAAAAGAACUAAACCCAUAGAUAAAAAAUCCUAUGACAAGCACAUUAUAUUAUAUUGAGAGCGUCUCCCCUCCCCCUUUGUACGAGGGUGCAGGAGGUGGUGGGGUUGUACACCAUACUGUGUAAAUAUUGGAUUGGAUUAAAAAAAAAUAAAUUUAUUAUACCUUGUAUAAUACGUCGCAUACAAUUAUAUACAUUUUUGUUUAUUUAUUUAGAAUGCGUCUGUGUGUGUGUGUGUGUGUAUAAAAUAGAUGUGUGAAUAAUACAGUGUAUUACUCAAAAAUAUUUCAUCGCAUAUUAUAGAUAGCAAAUGAAAUUUACAUGCAAUAUGAAAUUCACGAUUCGAAUGUUAUUAAUUUCUCGAUAAUCGCCAAUAAUCGCUAUUCGAAAAGAUAUAUCUCCGUUACAGCUGUAUUCUAUUUACAAUCGCGUCAGACUAGAAAAGAAAAGAAAAGAAAAG